ACCUCUAAGGCGUUUCCAGUCAUGCAUCUUGCUACUCACAUAACUUUCCCGUAUUCCUGGCAGAAGACUCAGCUGCAUUCACAUUCCUGAUCCCCAUGUUUUGGUUCAAACGUCAGAACUAUACAAUAAAGAAGAUGACUUUUUGAGAGAUUGACUCUGUGGAGGGGGUCUAUAGCAGAUACAUGGGAGGAGAAUGAACUCUUCAAAUGGAUUUCCCCAGCAUGCAGUGGCAUGUGUUACUUCGAGCACAGAGGGCAGAGUAUUACAGGACCAGCAAGUGAAGAAAGCUGGUGGAGCUAUGAGGAAGGAGGCCGGUGACAGCAGGGUGCUUGCACUUAAAGACCAUCCAGACAUAGAAUCCUUUUUAAAUGAUACCUUAAGGUUUCCCCCUGAUGAAAUCAAACCCAAUAUGAAGAUUAAAUCUGCCACCCCAAAACCUCCCAGGAAGCCCAGGCUGGCGCGAGCAUCAUCGCUUGAUGAGAAAAGCUGGAGGAAGAGGAGACUGUUUAGAAUGAGUCAGGAAAAUCUGAUUGAUCCCAAUGAGACAAGCUCCUCCAAUGGCUCUCUCCAGGAGACAUCCCUGAGUCCUCCCACCAGGAGCAGAGUGGCACUCAAUGGCAAUGAGGGUUCUUUGCACAACUUGCAGGAUGCUUCAGAACCGAGCUAUUACAGAAAGAACAAGAGUAGCAUUUCUGAGUCAGAGAAACAGGUCUCUGAGGUCCCCACUGCUUCUGUGGGGUUUAUGCAGGGGAAAGAAUCAUCGGGUAGCAAAUCCCGGCUGUCCAAAAUAACACCCUCUCGACCACUGCCCCCCUUGGAACUCAGCAUGGCCUCUCACGUGCUGAGGACAGCUAAUAGGAUUGACUCGGAUUAUAUGGAUUACCAACAUUAUUCUCAGAGCAGGUUUGAAAGGGUGAGCAGCAGUCUCAGUGACGGUAGGCUGCACAAUAGCGGGAUGGUCUACGAUAGCUGUUCCACAGACUCCAUGAAGUCUACAUUCAGCCUACUUACCCCUCUUCGUGCCAAGGAUGUUCGAAACAGAAGCUAUUUGGAAGGCAGCCUUCUGGCUAGUGGUGCAUUGCUGGGUUCAGAAGAACUGAGUAGGUAUUUCCCUGAUCGGAACAUUGGAAUAUUUGUGGCCACCUGGAACAUGCAAGGCCAGAAGGAACUUCCAGAGAAUCUGGAUGACUUCUUGUUCCCAUCUGAUCCUGACUAUGCCCAGGAUAUGUAUGUCAUUGGGGUUCAAGAAGGCUGUCCAGACAGAAGAGAGUGGGAGAUCCGCCUGCAGGAGGCGCUGGGGCCCCAUUAUGUCAUGCUGUAUUCAGCUGCACAUGGAGUUCUAUACAUGUCAGUGUUCAUAAGAAGAGAUCUCAUCUGGUUCUGCUCAGAUGUGGAAUAUGCCACUGUGACCACUCGCAUUGUGUCUCAGAUCAAAACCAAGGGAGCCCUGGGAAUCUGCUUCACGUUCUUUGGGACUUCCUUUCUCUUCAUCACGUCCCAUUUCACAUCGGGGGAUGGUAAAGUGUAUGAGAGGACGCUGGACUACAAUAAAACCAUCCAAGCCCUUGGUCUUCCCAAGAAUGUCCCAGAUACAAAUCCCUAUCGAUCCAGCCCCUCUGAUGUCACAACUCGGUUCGAUGAAGUGUUCUGGUUUGGAGACUUCAAUUUCCGACUCAACAAGGAUCGUGAGAGCGUGGAAUCAAUCCUGAGCCAGCAUCUGGACACAGACAUGUCCAAGUUACUGCAAUAUGACCAGCUCAUUAAAGAAAUGAAUGAUGAGGCUAUUUUCAAAGGGUUCCAGGAGGCUGCCAUUCACUUCCGUCCUUCCUACAAGUUUGAUCUAGGGCAGGAUAGCUACGACACCACUUCCAAGCAGAGGACGCCUUCGUACACGGAUCGAGUGAUGUACCGAAGCCGGCACAAGGACGACAUCCAGGCAGUGAAGUACUCCUCCUGCUCAGCGAUAAGAACGUCAGACCACAGGCCUGUGUAUGGGCUGUUCCGGGUGAAAGUGAGGCCUGGCAGAGACAACAUCCCACUCGCUGCAGGGCAGUUUGACAGAGAACUUUACUUAAUUGGAAUAAAAAGACGAAUUACAAGGGAACUUCAGAAGCGGCAGGAAUUAAAAGACCAAAAAUCCAGCAGGGUCUGUGCUGUUUCCUGACCUUAAAGCUCAGCAACAAAGCUGCAAAUGGUGUCAUAAAGGAGGUUUUCAGACCAAGGCAAAGACUACUUGAUUCCACAUCUGCAGAGGUACAGAUCAAGAGGGAAGGGGUCUUGGUUUGAGCACCAGCAUGACAGUUGCUGUGGCCUGUAUUAGAUGUCUUAAACCUCAGCUCUCAAGUUUCAUUUGCAUGAGCUAAUCCAAAGAACUUGAGUGCUUUUGCAGAAAAGGGACUAUUCAAAACAUGCCUCGGCUUAUUCAAUCAGGUCACUUUUAACAAAACUCCUUUGCAAGCAGCAUGAUGUAUAGUUAGGUGAUAAGUCUAGCCUUACCCAAGACAAAGCGUCUUAUUGGGACACGCGGUCUUGGAUUAGAGCGGUUACUCAAGGAAAUUUUGCAAAAAGGAGACCAUUGCGGUUUUCUUUAUUUUGGAUACUUGCUUUGUAAGUAUCUAUCACAGGAGGGCAUUGAAGUCAGCAGUUUAUGUAUUUAUCUAUAGCCAAAUGUACAGUAUCCUGUAAAAUACCCAAGAGGACCAACUAGAGAUCUUGAGCAGUCUCUCUCUCAGGUUGAUGCUUGUUUAUAAUAGAUGUGCUGUUGUGGGCCACUGCAGCAAGCUCUGUGUGGAUGUACAAUAAUCAACGUGCAUUUAAUAUGGCCUUUUGAAUUAGUAUUUAUUUUUAUGACUAUGUUGUUGCUAAGGGUGCAUAUUAAUCUCUGAGAGCAGCACAUGUUCUCAGAUGAAGUCAGAGUUCCUAAAUGGAUGUUGAUAAUUUAUGGAUCCUCCAUAGUGGAGAUCCCAUCUCUGUGUCAGUGAGAAAUUUCACAUGCUUGCAGCAGCAAUAGAUGCCGCAGCUGUAAACAGUGGCCUUGGUAGGGCUAUUGUGUAAAAAUCCAGCAAAAAGUGGUUAAGUAAAGAGAGCACUAAAAAAAGCUACUUAUGGUGGGAGAAAAAUCUGUUUCUGCCUUUGGGAGAUAUUCAGAGCAAGAACCAGGAAUCAAAAGAACUCAGUUCUGUUCCUUCUCUGAUUCUCCAUUUUGAGAAGUUAUGCCCCCCCAUUCCAUUUGCUUCCCAAUCAGAAAAAUGUGGAGAAUUUCUCUUUAAAAGGGCCUCCUCUGACGGCGAAGGCACUCUGCACUCUUUUGUGCAAAAACAUAUGCAAAUGAGGCACAGUGAUGACGAUCGCUGUGCCUCAUUUGCAUACUUAAUGAGCCACCAUUUUUG